GUGGGAGAGACAGAAAGAGGGAGGGAGGGAGAGAGAGAAAUAGCGUGUGAGAGAGAGACAGAGAAGAAGAGAGGGAGAAAGACGGACACGAGACAGAGAUCAGACAGUGAGGGGGACUUUUCCAGGGAGCUUAGGUCCUGGCAGUGGAAGGAUUACAAGGACAGAGCUGAUCAGUAUUGGACCUUGACAAGCCUAGUACAGCUGCCCGCAUGGGACACAGGACUACAACCAGAACAACAACCUAACCCCCCCGUUCUAUAAUGGGUUAUUAUCGGAGCACUCCCCCAUGUUCAUGUAACUGUACUGCGUUUGAAUGAGCCUGUUGAUGGAUUGUUGGGCUCUGGAUCUCUGGAGUGACGUGUUGGGAGCUUGUUGCGCUUCCAUAACCUGAAGGAGAAGUGAAUGACAAGACCCUUUGUGACUGAGUUGGACUUUUCAGUUAAAACACAAGGGUAAUGUUAUAUCUGGCCACCGUCAAUCUCGAUCUGUGACUUUAUCUCGAUAUGUGAUUAUUGAUACAAGCAUCUGUAAGAAACUAGACAGAUCACUUGGGUCAACAUUAAAUUGUUACCGUUAGAGAAGCAAAGAAGUUACAAGAUUUGAUGUUAUUUGACAAUCCAAAAUUGCUAAACUGUUGACAGUGAAGAUGAAAUCAGCACUGCUCAAGGCUCUGACUGCGUUGUAAGUUGAACACCAUUGUGGCCGACUGUAACCUGAUCUCCAACACACUGCAGUAAUUACAAGGUGCAUGCAGGGAAACAUAAAGAGAGAUUUGUAAUUAGACCUGUCUAUAAAAAGAGCCAGGCAAAGGGCGAGGUCCCCACACAGAGAGAAAGGGGGAGAGUCAGGCCAAGGACACCCAACUUGAAGGGAGGGAGGGGGGCUGUCUGGAGGCAUAGGAAGGAGGCUGCCUGGGGGCAAAGGAAGGAGGCUGUCUGGAGGCAUAGGAAGGAGGCUGCUUGGGGGCAAAGGAAAGAGGCUGCCUGGGGGCAAAGGAAGGAGGCUGUCUGGAGGCAUAGGAAGGAGGCUGCUUGGGGGCAAAGGAAAGAGGGUGCCUGGGGGCAUUUUUGAUUGCAAGUGACACCCAGACCCCCAAGGCGGGGGCAACGACACCUAACCUGAAGGGAAGGAGGCUGCCUGGCGUCACCAUUGGGAAGAAGAUACACCCAGACAGCUUUUGGCAAUUAGGGGACAGGAGGUGUGACCAUGGACCCCCAAGGCGGACACUACCUGAACAAGGCGGCAGUGCUGUCUCCUCUAGGAGUGGCCCGUAUGCUCCAGCUCCUCCUGGGCUGCACCAUCAUAGCCCUGGUGGCUCACAGCGCCGGAUACAACCACGCCUAUGGUAUCUACUGCAUGUUUGUGUGGUGCUUCUGCUUCGCCAUGACCCUGCUGGUGUUCACCAUGGAUGUGACACGCCUCCCCUGCUGCAUGCCCAUUUCCUGGGACAACCUCACUGUGGCGUUCGCCAUGCUCGCCACACUCAUGUAUGUCGCCGCCUCCGUCGUCUACCCCGUCUACUUCCUGCGCUCUCAGUGCUCCAAGUCGGACGGGGGCUGCGAGGUGCGCAACUACCGCAUCGCUGUCACCGUGUGCUCCAGUUUCUGCUGCUUCGCCUACGCGGCUGAGGUGUUCCUAACCCGGGCCAAACCCGGCCAUGUGGUGGGCUACAUGGCCACUAUGUCAGGCCUGCUCAAGGUGGUCCAAGCCUUCGUGGCCUGCAUUAUAUUCGGGGCUCUGGCCAACGGCAGCGAGUACAACCGCCACAUCCCCACUCAUUACUGCGUGGUGGUCUACAGCCUGUGCUUCUCCAUCACCGUGGUCGUGAUCGCUGUGACCGUGUCGGGAAAAGCCUCGGCUCUGCCCCUGCGUUUCCCCUUCGACCGCUUCGUGAUCAUCUACACGUUCCUGGCGACGCUGCUGUACCUGAGCGCCGCCCUGGUGUGGCCCAUCUUUAGCUUCGACAGGAAGUAUGGCACGCCGGGUCGCCCCGACGGCUGUCCCUGGGAGAACUGUCCCUGGGACAGCAAGCUGGUGGUGGCGGUGUUCACCCAUGUCAACAUGGUGCUGUACUUCAGCGACCUAAUCUACUCCCAGAGGAUCCGCUUUGUCUCCCACUCUGCUGCCUGAGGACCCCUCCACCCUCUUCACUCCACUCUGCUGCCUGAGGACCCCUCCACCCUCCACUCUGCUGCCUGAGGACCCCUCCACCCUCCUCACUCCACUCUGCUGCCUGAGGACCCCUCCACCCUCCUCACUCCACUCCGCUACUUGAUGACCCCUCCACCCUCCACUCUGCUGCCUGAGGACCCCUCCACCCUCCUCACUCCACUCCGCUACUUGAGGACCCCUCCACCCUCCACUCUGCUGCCUGAGGACCCCUCCACCCUCCUCACUCCACUCCGCUACUUGAGGACCCCUCCACCCUCCACUCUGCUGCCUGAGGACCCCUCCACCCUCCUCACUCCACUCUGCUGCCUGAGGACCCCUCCACCCUCCUCACUCCACUCCGCUACUUGAGGACCCCUCCACCCUCCACUCUGCUGCCUGAGGACCCCUCCACCCUCCUCACUCCACUCUGCUGCCUGAGGACCCCUCCACCCUCCAGUCUGCUGCCUGAGGACCCCUCCACCCUCCUCACUCCACUCUGCUGCCUGAGGACCCCUCCACCCUCCUCACUCCACUCUGCUGCCUGAGGACCCCUCCACCCUCCUCACCCCACUCCGCUACUUGAGGACCCCUCCACCCUCCACUCUGCUGCCUGAGGACCCCUCCACCCUCCUCACUCAACUCUGCUACUUGAGGACCCCUCCACCCUCCACUCUGCUGCCUGAGGACCCCUCCACCCUCCUCACUCCACGCUGAUGCCUGAGGACCCCUCCUCACUCCUGGGGACCCCUCUAUCCUCCUCAGUCCUGGGGACCCCUCUACCCUCCUCACUCCUGGGGUGAAUCUCAAAAGUUUUUCCUCCGAUUCCUCAUUGGACACGGCGUACGAGGUAAGGAAGGAGAGCAUUGGAGAAGAGAAGAGGAGAUACAAUAUUUGAAUGGACUUCUGCCUCGCUCUGACGUUGUGAGGAGGCGUGGAGAGGGGAUACGAGGAACAGAGGGUAUAGACUUUUGAGUUGCACCCCUGGCCCUCAGAGACAGACAGAGACCACACUGGAAAUGACACACCGCAUCUCCACUCAAGUGCCUCUGAAUGCCCCAUGCCUACUACAGAUUACAUAUCGCCUCAAUGAUGUUAUGGCUUUGUGCCUUGAUGUGUCUUUCUUAACAUCAGUGUUGUCUUUCUUAACAUCAGUGUUGUGUCAUUCUUAACAUCAGUGUUGUCUUUCUUAACAUCAGUGUUGUGUCAUUCUUAACAUCAGUGUUGUGUCAUUCUUAACAUCAGUGUUGUCUUUCUUAACAUCAGUGUUGUGUCAUUCUUAACAUCAGUGUUGUGUCAUUCUUAACAUCAGUGUUGUGUCAUUCUUAGCAUCAGUGUUGUGUCUUUAGCAUCAGUGCUGUCUUUCUUAACAUCAGUGUUGUCUUUCUUAACAUCAGUGUUGUCAUUCUUAACAUCAGUGUUGUCAUUCUUAACAUCAGUGUUGUCUUUCUUAACAUCAGUGUUGUGUCAUUCUUAACAUCAGUGUUGUGUCAUUCUUAACAUCAGUGUUGUGUCUUUAGCAUCAGUGUUGUGUCUUUAGCAUCAGUGCUGUCUUUCUUAACAUCAGUGUUGUCUUUCUUAACAUCAGUGUUGUCAUUCUUAACAUCAGUGUUGUCUUUCUUAACAUCAGUGUUGUGUCAUUCUUAACAUCAGUGUUGUGUCAUUCUUAACAUCAGUGUUGUCUUUCUUAACAUCAGUGUUGUCUUUCUUAACAUCAGUGUUGUCUUUCUUAACAUCAGUGUUGUGUCAUUCUUAACAUCAGUGUUGUGUCUUUAGCAUCAGUGUUGUGUCUUUAGCAUCAGUGCUGUCUUUCUUAACAUCAGUGCUGUCUUUCUUAACAUCAGUGUUGUCUUUCUUAACAUCAGUGCUGUCUUUCUUAACAUCAGUGUUGUCUUUCUUAACAUCAGUGCUGUCUUUCUUAACAUCAGUGUUGUCUUUCUUAACAUCAGUGUUGUCUUUCUUAACAUCAGUGCUGUCUUUCUUAACAUCAGUGUUGUCUUUCUUAACAUCAGUGUUGUCUUUCUUAACAUCAGUGCUGUCUUUCUUAACAUCAGUGUUGUGUCUUUCUUAACAUCAGUGCUGUGCCUUUCUUAACAUCAGUGUUACAUCUUUCUUAACAUCAGUGUGUCAUGCCCUGACCUUAGAGAGACGUUUUAUUUGGUUAGGUCAGGGUGUGAUGUGGGGUGGGCAUUCUAUUUUUUGUUUUCGAUGUUUCUUUAUUUCUAUGUUUUAGCCGCGUAUGGUUCUCAAUCAGGGACAGCUUUCUAUCGUUGUCUCUGAUUGGGAAUCAUACUUAGGUAGCCCUUCUUCCCUCCUUUCAGUGUGGGUAGUUAACUUUGUUUGUGGCACUUAGCCCUGUAAGCUUCACGGUUGUGUCUUUAGUUUGUUGUUUUGUUAGCGGCAUUUUAAAAUAAAAGGAAAAUGUACGCUUAUCACGCUGCAAUUUGGUCCACUUCGUUUGACGGCAGUGACACAGUGUUAUGUCUUUCUUAACAUCAGUAUUGUGUCUUAACAUCAGUGUUGUCUUUCUGAACAUCAGUGCUGUGUCUUUCUGAACAUCGGUGCUGUGUCUUUCUGAACAUCAGUGCUGUGUCUUUCUGAACAUCGGUGCUGUGUCUUUCUGAACAUCGGUGCUGUGUCUUUCUGAACAUCAGUGUUGUGUCUUUCUGAACAUCAGUACUGUGUCUUUCUGAACAUCGGUGCUGUGUCUUUCUGAACAUCAGUGCUGUGUCUUUCUGAACAUCAGUGCUGUGUCUUUCUGAACAUCAGUGUUGUGUCUUUCUGAACAUCGGUGCUGUGUCUUUCUGAACAUCAGUGUUGUGCCUUUCUGAACAUCGGUGCUGUGCCUUUCUGAACAUCAGUGCUGUGUCUUUCUGAACAUCAGUGCUGUGUCUUUCUGAACAUCAGUGCUGUGUCUUUCUGAACAUCGGUGCUGUGUCUUUCUGAACAUCAGUGUUGUGCCUUUCUGAACAUCAGUGCUGUGUCUUUCUGAACAUCAGUGCUGUGUCUUUCUGAACAUCAGUGUUGUGUCUUUCUGAACAUCAGUGCUGUGUCUUUCUGAACAUCAGUGCUGUGUCUUUCUGAACAUCAGUGUUGUGCCUUUCUGAACAUCAGUGUUGUGUCUUUCUGAACAUCAGUGCUGUGUCUUUCUGAACAUCAGUGCUGUGUCUUUCUGAACAUCAGUGUUGUGUCUUUCUGAACAUCAGUGCUGUGUCUUUCUGAACAUCGGUGCUGUGUCUUUCUGAACAUCAGUGCUGUGUCUUUCUGAACAUCAGUGUUACGUCUUAACAUUAGGGUUAUGUCUUAACAUCAGUGUUGUGUCUUAACAUCAGUGUUGUGUCUUAACAUCAGUGUUAUGUCUUAACAUCAGUGUUGUGUCUUAACAUCAGUGUUAUGUCUUAACAUCAGUGUUGUGUCUUAACAUCAGUGUUGUGUCUUAACAUCAGUGUUGUGUCUUAACAUCAGUGUUGUGUCUUAACAUCAGUGUUGUGUCUUAACAUCAGUGUUAUGUCUUAACAUCAGUGUUGUGUCUUAACAUCAGUGUUGUGUCUUAACAUCAGUGUUGUGUCUUAACAUCAGUGUUGUGUCUUAACAUCAGUGUUAUGUCUUAACAUCAGUGUUGUGUCUUAACAUCAGUGUAUUCCUUAACAUUAUUAUCAGUAGUAUCAGUAUUAUAAUCUCUAAGAGAAACCUGAGACAAGGGCCAGCACUGUUGUAGGCACUCUGUCUAAUGGUGCAGUACAUUGGUUUAAUUCAGAGCUUUGAACGUGUUGGGUGACAUUUUCGUAGUGCAAAAGCGAUGUGCUAAAUGAGAAAGAACUCUGUAAACCUCUUAGUCUGGCAGUGUGAUUUAAACUGAAACUUUUCCUCUACAAUCUGUGUUAUAAAGAAGCUAUUAUUUAUAAGGUUUAGUAAACCGAGCAAUCAAUAAAAUGUAGUCGCCUUCUAAUAAUGCACAUUGCUGAAAAACAUUUUCAAGAUUCAUGGUCAUUUCUGUCCUUUGCUUUUGUUCUAUGAACAUGUCGGCCAUUAUGUAUCGAAGGACGUCGUAAAUCAUCACUGGGUUGUUUUCAUGUCUUGAAAUAGUCUGUUUAAUUUAUUGUGUUUCAAGAAACUUUUAUCUUAACUAAGAUGUUUUUUUUAAAUAAUGACAAUAAUAUAUAAAAAAUGUAAUGUGUUGUGUGUUGAAUUGGCUGUCCAUCAUUGAGUACUUUUGGUGUUUAUACUAACACCCAACUGCAUGUUUCAACUUCAGCUCCUCUUGUUUUAGUCCAAGUUCAGUCAGUGUGUAGAUUCAUUAUGAGCUGAAUGUUCAGUGUAUCAACUGUCUAUACGAAAUUGGUAAUAUAUAGUAUCAAAUCAAA